CUAAAGCUUCUGCCAAGCGCCGUUGUAUUUAGACGAAGAAGAUGCAGUGCAUGUUUAGAGCAUUGCACCUGCAGGAGAAAAAAAAAAAGUCUUGUUAAUUUUGAAAACUCGUGUCGUUAGAAGCGCUAGAGACGCUUUCUUCUUCAGUUUUAUUUAAACCUAUAGUAGGUUUUUACGUUUCUGAAGCUCUGUUUCACUGUUAAAACGUGAAUUUGCCGACACGAGAGCCGCCAUGUUUUGCUAAUUAGCUAUUUAUCAAGCAUUAGUUUUUCAGUCGCAUCUCAGUUAACGUUAGCUACAGGCUAAUUACGCUUUCUCAGUCAGCACUGUCGUUCCUAAUAACGUGUCGGCUGGUUGGUGGAGGUUAUCGUUUUCAUUAACAUGGACUGAGUAGAGGUUAUGUUGAGAUUAUUCAGCGUUUCCAGGCUUGUACGUAGGGCUCUGUGUGUCAGUGCCGAGGAAAUGGGCAAGAAGGGCAGUUUCUUUUACGCCGUAAGGAAAGGACACAGGCCGGGGGUGUACCAAACAUGGGAAGAAUGCAAAUCUCAAGUGGACAGAUUCCCUGAUGCACGGUAUAAAAAGUUUGCUGUUGAAGAUGAAGCUUGGGCUUUUGUAAGGAACGAGACAACAUCCACAGAGAGUUCUGAAGCCACCCUGUGUACCACAAGUGUUGGCUCUAAAAGGUCCAUUGAAGAGGAUGAGGUCGAUGGAGGGAGUGUAAAACGAGUGAAACUUGAGCCCUCUGCUGCUAGCGGUUCUAAGGGGCUCACUUACAUGGGAGAUGCGGUGGUGGUGUACACAGAUGGCUGUUGUACAAAAAAUGGGAAAGAUGGAGCUCGUGCAGGGAUUGGAGUGUACUGGGGUCCCGAUCACCAUCUUAACGUUGCAGAGAGGUUACCAGGGAGACAAACCAACCAACGAGCCGAACUACAGGCAGCUUGCAGGGCACUGGAACAAGCUAUAGAUAUGGACAUCAAAAAGCUGGUUGUCUACACAGACAGCAAAUUCACUAUUAACGGGAUUACCACCUGGGUAAAGAACUGGAAAGCCAACGGCUGGAGGCUCAAAGCAGGUGGCAAGGUGGUCAAUAAAGAGGAUUUCCAAAAGCUUGAUGAACUAAAUGAAGAACUUGAUGUUAAAUGGAUGCACAUCCCAGGUCAUGCUGGCUAUUUAGGAAACGAGGAAGCAGACAGACUCUCUAGAGAGGGAGCAGCAAAACCUCAGUGGUAACUGGUGUUAGCUAACGAAGACUGCUGCUGUGUUAACGCAUGAGCUCAGGUUAUUAUUAGUGCUUGUGUGUGUUGUCACUGUGGAACGUAAACUCCUGCACUUUUAUUUUCAAUUUACUUUCAUUUUACUGUUUUCUGUAAAUAAAUGUCAUGUAUCUGAAUUUGGAUGCUUUGCUAGCAUUUUUUUUUCUGGACACAAACCUUUACAAGCAUGGCAAAAGAAGUGAGCUGUUUUCUUGAGGGUUUGUGGAUACAUUACCAGAUAGUUAAUAACCAGUAAUUAAAUGUUAGUAGACUGUGUCAUGUAAUUAUAUCAAUAUGUUUAAUUUGUAUUGUCCAUUGGUUUUAACAUAUUGUGAUAACCCACCCACUGUAAUACUGUACUGUAACACCAGAUGGCACUGCAGAUUUUUGUUUCUGUGGAUUGGUACUGGCGAAGACUGAAGGCAUAAUUUGUUCUAGAAUAGUGAAAUUAAAUGCAAAUAAUUGUGA